UCUUGCCAUAGUGCAGUCUCAGAAGAAAAUGGAAAAGAAAUUUGAGAGAAGGAGUGAGGGUACUGAUAUGUUUUUGCCAUUGCUACUUGCUGCAAAAACUACUCAAUUUUCAAUUUUCUUUUUGGCAGUUCCCGGUGGUGUGGAAAAACGUUAUAGCUGUUGUGAGAGAAUAGUUGGGUCUGCUGGAUGUCAGAAUGCAAAGCUUCAUGUUCAUGAUGGGAGAAGGGAGAAGUUGGAAGGCUUCAUGAAGACAUUAAUUAAAUCACCGCCUUUUGAUGGAAACUAUGGUGUAUAUGCUCUGGACUGUGAGACGUGUUACACAACCCGUGGCUUGGAACUAACUAGAGUGACAGUGGUCGAUGCUAAGCUACAGGUUGUCUAUGAUACGUUUGUUAAACCGGAUGGUAAAGUUAUAGACUACGAUAUAAGACUCUCUGGAGCAACAGAGGAUGAUCUGCAGAAUACCAAAACAUCUCUUCGGGAUGUACAAGCAAUACUGCUGAACUUAUUCAGUGCAGAUACAAUUUUAAUUGGACACGGCUUAGAAAAUGACUUAUUUGCUCUCAAGCUAAUUCAUAACACAGUAGUGGACACAUCAGUAGUGUUUCCUCAUCGGCUAGGUUUUCCUCACAAAAGAGCACUUAGAAGUCUGAUGGCUGACUACCUCAGGAGAAUUCGUCAAGAUGAUGUUGGUGGUCAUAAUUCCAGGGAAGAUGCAAUUGCUUGUAUGGAACUAAUCCUUUGGAAAAUAAAGGAGGAUAAUAAAAGAAGAAAAUGGUGAUUGUUAUGGCUUUGGAGGAGCAAGA